CUCUAACAGAGUGUGGAGCUGAACUCUGAGCAGUGUGAGAGUGUCAGCACAGUGAGAGCUGCUGACAGAGGAACAUGAAGAUGUUGGUGGUGUUUGUAAUCCUCCUGCACGUUUCCCAGCAUGCCCUGGCUGUGGUGGUGGAGGUGUAUGAGGGGGUGGAGUCUGUCCUGCUGCCCUGUCAGUCCUCAGGUUCUAUGUCUGAUGGCCCCACAGUGAUGUGGACUCGCAGUGAUCUGGAUCCCAAAUCUGUCCACCUGCUCCGAGAAGGAGGAGAUGAUCUUAGAGGACAAAACCAGCGUUACAGCGGACGCACAUCAGUGAGGUCUGAUGCUCUGGACUCUGGAGACUUCAGCCUCACUCUGAGGAACCCACAACUGACUGACAGCGGCAGCUACACCUGCUCCAUCAGUGCUGGAAGACAGGAACAGAGACUGACAGACAUCCAGCUGCAGGUCAAAGACCAGUACGUGGAGGUGAAGGUGGAGGAAGGCUCAGAGUCUGUCAUCCUGCCCUGCAAAACCACACCUGACCUGCCCGAGGACACCAGGGUGGAGUGGACUCGCUCUGAUCCAGAACCCGUGUACAGAAUCCAAAUGAAGAUGAAUGAAGACCUGCUGAGAACUGGAGACCUCAGUCUGACCCUGAAACAGCCCACACAGAGAGACACAGGAGGAUACAUCUGCACCAUCUACAGGGACAAAGACAUCCUGAGACAGAAAGUAGUGCUGCAGGUCAAAGAACCAUUUCCAUUCUGGGCCAAAGCUCUCCUGGUUGUCCUGGUUCUCCUGGUUCUUCUUCUGGUUUCUGGAGGUCUUUUAUAUCAUUUUUGGCACUAUUUCAUGACAAUCCCCAAGGUGAAGGUUAAGUCAGAGGUGGAGUCUGUCCAGCUGCCCCUCAAAACCACAGUUCAGCUGCCUGAAGAUGCUGAAGUAGAGUGGACGGACAUAAUUGGCAGGGAGGUCCACCUGUAUCAGAACAGCUCUGCCCAGCACGAAGAACAGCACAGACGUUACAGAGAAAGAACAGAGAUGAAUGAAGACCUGCUGAGAACUGGAGACCUCAGUCUGACCCUGAAACACCCCACAGACAGAGACACCUAUACCUACAUCUGCACCGUCUACAGCGAGGAGGGAAACAUCCUGCUGAGGAAAGAAGUGGAGCUGAAAGUCAAAGUCUGUAAGGUAGAUGUGAAGGAGGGGGCGGAGUCUGUCCAGCUGCCCUUCAAAACCACACAAACCCUGCCUGGAGAUGCUGCAGUGCAGUGGGAGCGUUAUCAACCUAAACCAAUCAAGUGGGUCCACGGGUACGAGAACGGCUCUGACCAGCCUGACAAACAGAACCAGGUUUACAGAGGCCGAACCGAGAUGAAUGAAGACCCGCUGAGAACUGGAGACCUCAGUCUGACCCUGAUGUACCCCACAGAUGGAGACAGUGGGAGAUACAGAUGUGGAGUCUCACUUGAUAACUUCCAAAUCACAGUAAAAUCAGUGCUGCUCAAAGUGAAAGUCUGUCAGGUGGAGGUGGAGGAGGGGGCGGAGUCUGUCCAGCUGCCCUUCAAAACCACUGAAAACCUGCCUGGAGAUGCUGAAGUGCAGUGGUGGUGCGUUGCUCCAUUAAAGUGGGUUCAUGUCUAUAAGAACAGCUCUGACCAGCCUGACAAACAGCACCAGGAUUACAGAGACCGAACGAAGAUAAAUGAAGACCUGCUGAGAACUGGAGACCUCAGUCUGACCCUGGAUCAGCCCACAGAGAGAGACAGUGGAGAAUACAGAUGCGGAGUCUACAUUGCUGGUGACAUACUGAGAUACAAAACAGUGGUGCUCAAAGUCAAAGGGAGAGCUCAGGUCCAGGAUCAAACAGGGAUCAUCAGGAACAGAAGCAGCUCCAUUGAUCCAACUGCUCUGAUGGCUGAUCAAUCAGUUUGAUCUGUUUGUUCUCUGAUUAUUGAUCAGUGAUGUCAGAGUGGAGUCAGUGUGAUGUUGUUGUUGUGUGUUUGAGUCUUUUAGUGUCCAUGAAGGUCUCUGCUGCCGUAGAUCCUCUGAACUAUGACAGAGGUCUCACUCUGGAGGAAACUCUCAGCACUUUCCAGCAGCUCCUCCAUCGUGGAGGACGUUCCCUCACUGGAACAGGUGGAGGAGAGAGGAGAGGAAGCACAGGUGGAUG